CGAUAUAGUUUAAAAUGGCGAGCGUUGUGAGGAGACAUCGUUCGAGAUCGCGAUCACCUGCACGAAACAGAGGAAAUCGAGACGAUCGUGAUAACGAAAGAGAACGUGAUAGGCGAAGUCAACGCAGGGACAAGCAUUUAGAACCAAGAAAUAACAGAGUGGAUGGUGGAAGGAGGAGUCAUCAUCAAGACACAAGUCAUGUAAGUAGAUCUGCCAGUAGAAGAGAAUGGGACAAAGAUAAGUAUCACAAUGAAAGAGCUCCUGAAGCCUCUCAUCCAGAGAGAAGAUACCACAACAGAAGGCAGGAAAGGCAACAUUCACCAACAGAGCAUCAAAGACCUGCUGAGGACAGUGGUGGACAAGAUGGAAACCUUGAACCAGAUGGUCCCAAUUACAAUCUUUCAGGAAAAUUAACAGAAUAUUCAAACACUUACAAGCAUACAAAGAAUUUUUAAAAUCAGACCCUGGGACACAUCUAGCUGCAGAUUAUACAAUAAUUAUGUGUCAAGGACACUCAAGGUCACAG